AUGUUCAGCGACAGCAACGCGAGGCGACGUUCGUCCGCGACGACGAGAAUAGAAAUCGAUGACCGAGUGCAUUCCGUACCAAAAAGUCCCAGGAUACCUUCAGGUGUAGCGUCUGGGCAGUCGCCCCGGUUGCCCUUCUCCGUGCACGACUACAAGUCGCCACGUGUCUUGUCGAGCGUGAAUGAGGCGAGCGAACGAAAUGGAGAUCAUCCCAAGGCCCACGUCGGGGCAGGAGGACGCGGUGGAGGAAGAAGCGUUUUUGGUGCUGUUGAACUUCCCCGAAAACGACGAGCGCUUACCGUUUUGGGCGUGCUGGCGGUGGGGUAUCUUCUUCUCGCCGCCUCCAAGGGGACGAGCGAUCUUCGCGACGAGGGGAGGAUGACCACGACGAUGGUCCCGACAGCGUUCCUGCCCAUCAUCCGCGAGGGAGGGAAUGUCAUUCAUCGUAUCUCUCCAGCCGUCGGAUCGCGCGUCAAGACAUGGCAUGACAACCAAAUUGCCGCGAUCGAAGCCCAAGGAGAAGCGAGCCGAAAGCUCUCCGAGGAAGAGCACAAGCUGCGGUCCCAGCACACCUUCCAUCCGAACGGUCUUCUGCUUGUCAACGAGAAUGGACGCCAUCCAAUCUAUGCGCUGAUCGAACGAGCAGAGCAACGAUGGAGCGACAAGAUUGCCAAGCAGAGUCGCACGUUGAGCGAAGCCGUGCACGAGUACAAGAAUCGGUAUCGGCGCAACCCACCCAAAGGAUUCGAUGACUGGUGAGGCGGUAUAGCCUCGGUCUUGAUUCGCCACUGUGAUAUAUUGACCUAUACUCGACUGUGAUAGGUGGAAAUUUUGCGAGGAGAAUGACGUGCAAUUGCGCGACGAGUACGACCAGAUCGACAAAGAUAUGCUCCCCCAUCGAGCUCUGUGGGUGGCCCCUAUCGCAUGCAUUCUGCAAUGCUUCCACCUACCCAGACUGAUCACUGAAGCACGUCUCAUUUUAACAGAGAGCCGAGCGACAGUCGUCACCGCAAUGGCGUGAUGCAAGAACGAGGACACACAUUCACAAUGGUCCUCGAGCCCGGUCGCAAGAUGGCGGGCAUCAAAGGAGAAUACGCCGACACGCGACGAGCGCGAGAAAUUCAAGACUUGCUCAGCCUCUUUGCCGAGCGAAUUCCACGAAAUCUCAACUUGACGUACAUCAUCGACGACAACCCCGCGGUUUUGCUGCCGUACAGCGAGCGCUCUCGCAUGGUCGAACUGGCCGAGCAAGGCGAAUGUGAGCAUCUGCUCAACAGGUCAAUGAGCACCUCUGAACCCACUUACUGAACGCGUUUCCCUCUCGGAAACAGACUGGGGGCCUUCCGAGUUCGUCUCUACCGACGAUUCCCACCUCUCCAACUUCGCCCAAGCCUGCGCGCCUGACUCUCCCCUCCGCCGCUCCGAGCGUGGCGAACCCUACCACGACUAUUCCUCCGACACGCGUAAGACCUUCGUCUGGGACCAUCCCAAAUCCGUCGACCUCUGCAUCCACCCCGAAGGCCGCAAAGCCCAUGGUCAUCUGAUGCAACAGGGUGUUCCACCGGGUCCGCUGGUGCCAUUGUUGACGUUCGCCAAGACGAGUAUGCAGGCGGAUAUCUUGGUGACGCCGAUGGAACAAUGGGCUGAGAACUACAAGGAGUAUGAACCGCCUUGGGAAGGGAAGAGCGAGAACAAGCUGCUUUGGCGAGGUGAGCUAUUCGUGAUCGAAGCUUUGUCUCGUCGGCUUGUCACUAACCGAGCUUUCCACGAUUCCCACCGCACAGGCUCAACGACAGGAGCCGAAUUCGACCGGCACACUCCUUGGCGCAACUCGCAACGUGCUCGCCUACACAUGAUGAGCCAAUACAUGGACGGUAGUAAAGAAGUCCUCUGGGCUACCGACGACAAGAUGCAUCGUGGCAAUUUCACGAUCGAAGAUAUGAACCAUCUCUACAUGGACACGUUCUUCUCCGGUCAACCGGCGCAAUGCGAUCCCGAGACUUGUGAAUGGUUGAGGAAAAAUUUCCACUUCAAGCCUACGAUCGGGAUCGAGGAAUCGAAUACGUACAAGUACUUGAUGGACGUCGAUGGCAACGGUUGGUCAGGACGGUUCCAUCGUCUCAUGUCGACGCGUUCGGUUGUUCUGAAAGCGACGGCCUUCCCCGAAUGGUACCACGAACGUAUCGAGCCGUGGGUCCACUACGUCCCCAUCAAACUCGACUACUCGGACCUCUACGACACCAUGACUUUCUUCGUCGGUACACCCCAAGGUAAAGGUGCUCAUGACGCCUUGGCGCAAAAGAUUGGUGCGGCGGGUCAGAAAUGGGCGGCUACGCAUUGGAGGAAAGCGGAUAUGGCGGCGUACAUGUAUCGUCUUGCAUUGGAGUAUUCGAGGAUCCUAGCCCUUGAUUUGGAGGAUUCGGUCGAUUAUGUCGAGGAGCCGACUUUUUUGGUCGAGCCGGACGAGCCGAGUUUGAGAUAG